AUGUCGCUUAGUUCUGAACGAAGGAAUGAUGAGUGGAGUGGGGAGAAAAACGGUCCUGAAAAGGAGCCUCCAAGCUACGAUGGCCCACCAGGAAUGGACCCUGAUGGUGUCAUUGAAUCUAACUGGGAAGAAGUGGUUGACAAUUUUGAUGAUAUGAAUCUAAAAGAAGAACUUUUAAGAGGAAUUUAUGCUUAUGGUUUUGAAAAGCCUUCUGCUAUUCAACAAAGAGCUAUUAUGCCAUGUGUUAAAGGACAUGAUGUGAUAGCACAAGCACAAUCAGGGACAGGAAAAACAGCUACUUUCUCAAUAUCUAUCCUACAGCAAAUUGACACUUCUCUAAGGGAGUGCCAAGCAUUAAUUUUAGCCCCAACACGUGAAUUGGCCCAACAAAUUCAAAAAGUUGUUAUAGCAUUGGGUGAUUUUAUGUCUGCUCAGUGUCAUGCAUGCAUUGGUGGGACUAAUGUUAGAGAGGAUAUGAGGAAGUUAGAACACGGGGUUCAUGUGGUAGUGGGUACUCCUGGUAGAGUGUAUGACAUGAUUAGUCGAAGAGCUUUACGUACUCAGUUCAUUAAGAUGUUUGUUUUGGAUGAAGCUGAUGAAAUGUUGUCAAGAGGUUUCAAGGAUCAAAUUCAUGACGUAUUUAAAAUGUUAAAUGCUGACGUUCAGGUUAUCUUGCUGUCAGCCACAAUGCCGUCAGACGUAUUGGAUGUAACAAAGUCAUUUAUGAGGAAUCCUAUUCGUAUUUUAGUUAAAAAAGAAGAAUUGACAUUGGAGGGUAUUAAACAGUUUUAUGUUUUUGUGGAAAGGGAAGACUGGAAAUUGGAGACACUCUGUGAUCUUUAUGACACAUUGUCCAUUACUCAGGCUGUUAUUUUUUGCAAUACAAGGCGCAAGGUUGAUUGGUUGACUGAGAACAUGCACAAAAGAGACUUCACUGUUUCAGCUAUGCAUGGAGACAUGGAACAACGAGAGAGAGAUGUCAUCAUGAGGCAGUUUCGUACUGGUUCCUCUAGGGUUCUCAUUACAACUGACCUGUUAGCUCGUGGUAUUGAUGUACAACAGGUGUCCCUUGUAAUUAAUUAUGAUUUGCCUUCAAAUAGAGAAAAUUAUAUACACAGAAUUGGUCGUGGUGGUCGUUUUGGUAGAAAAGGAGUCGCCAUCAAUUUCGUGACGGAGGUCGAUAAGCGUACUCUAAAAGAUAUCGAACAAUUUUAUAACACUCAUGUGGACGAGAUGCCAAUGAAUGUGGCGGACCUGAUUUAAGCGACGCCACCCCCGCCCCGUCCGCUACAUCAGUUGUACCGGCGCCGUUGUCGUCGUUCACUCGUUGUGGUGGUCGUCUAGAGUUUUUUCUAAUUAUAUGGUGUGAGUAUCUCAGCUGGCCGAGCAAAAAAAAAAUAAAACAGUCUAUACAAUAUCAAUAUAUAUUAAAAAUAUAUACUUCGCGACUUAUGCGAGCGAGCAUAUAUUCUGCUGGUUGUCGGUGUGCGUAUUUUUAUUCGCGCGCGCGUCCGCGACAGUCGGUUGUCUGUUCAUUAGGCAUCCAAGUUGCUCCUCCUAUAAUCUUGAAUUAAUAAUAAUUAUUAUUAAUAACAGUAAUACAUACAUAAUAUAAAAGGAAAAACAUUUUUUAAGUGUGCAGUUUAUAACAUAAAUACGGUUCCGUUUUAAAUCGACCUUCUGUGUUGUAAUUAAUUAAUUAAUUAAUUAUUAUUUAGAAGUAGUAGUGGUUUGUAUUUAUAGCAGCGUAACUAAUAAUAAGGCUGGCGGCGCUUUGCGCAGGUAAAGGGGGCCGUCGAUGGAGACGACGCCGUCUUUGGCGACGUCUUCUUCGACGUGGCCCCCUUCAUGUUGCGUCUCUCGCCGUGCAGCAUGUCUUUGUUCAUCUCCAUAACGGUCUGAUUGGCUUUUGGAAAGGUUUUUUCAAUCACAAAAGAUCCAAACGAAAAGCAACACAAUAAUAAUGUUAUUCCAUUUGUUUAGGAUUAUCUCCGUUUUGUAUGUCAAUGGUUAAUUAUUGCCAAUAAAAGUGGUGACAACUA